UGUUGCAGUUUAUAAAUAAAGGUUUAUAAAAUUAAAAACAAAACAAACAAAAAAUAUAUAUAAAAAACGUCACUUCCCUAUCUCCUCCGGAAGUCCCGCCUCCCAGCUAAAGUCAUUGGCUAACACCCCGUAGCCAGCCGCUACGAUAUUAUCAGUAGAACCACGAACCCAUCCAUCCAUCCAUUUUCUACCGUUUGAGAACCACGAACCGUUGUUUCAAAACAAUGUUAAAAUGCCUUUAUUUUGAAGGGGGAAGCUGUCAAGUAAGGAACGGAAGUUGCUGACUUCUGGCGCGUGCGCAAACGUUCUACUUACAUCAACGCGAAGACAAAGAUGGCGGACUGAGUGUUCUGUGUGGGGUUCCAGGCUAGUGUCCGAUUUACGGUCUCUAGCGUUAUACAUUCAGGCCAAUAUGGCUACGAAUCUGGUCUUUUGUAAAGCUCACGUAAUUCAAGUUGAGUUUAGAGCGAUGGAGUGUGACCUAAAGUGAGGAAUGACGACAUAAUAGAAGAUGGACUAUGCUAAGAUGGCGACGUCUGGUAGAAGAGAACAUGAAAGAGAAUCAGCGCCAACAACUUCCAGCAAAUCACCAACGGAGAUAAAGACCAGGACUGUAAAUAAAGACGUCCAGCAGCUGAUUGGUCAUCAAGAAGAACUUCUCACUCAGUCAGGAGGGAGCUCCACUUUGAAGCCGGAGACUCCACAGCCACCCCACAUUAAAAAGGAAGAGGAGGAACUCUGGAUCACUCAGGAGGGAGAGUGUCUUCUAGGACCGCAUGAGGCUGAUCUCACCAAGUUGCCACUGACUAUUGUCUCUGUGAAGAUUGAAGAUGAUGAAGACAAACCACAAGUAGACAACCCCUUAGCUCCACUAUCAGAUAGUGAAGCUGAAGACGAGGUUGGACAACAUUUACGCAGCGAUACAGACUGUGAAGACGUCCAGCAGCAGUUUGGUCAUCCAGAAGAACUUCCCCAUCAGUCAAGACGGAGCUCCACUUUGAAGCAGGAGACUCCACAACCACCCCACAUUAAAAAGGAAGAGGAGGAACUCUGGAUCACUCAGGAGGGAGAGUGUCUUCUAGGACCGCCGGAAGAUGAUCUCACCAAGUUGCCACUGACUGUUGUCUUUGUAAAGACUGAAGAUGAUGAAGAGAAACCACAACCAGACAACGACAUAGCUCCACUGUCAGAUUGUGAGGCUGAAGACAAGGUUGAAGAACCAUUGAGCAGUGGUACAGACUGUGAAGGUGAUUUUAUCACUCAAACUAACAACAAACACUUUGAAUGCUCUAAAAAGAAAAAAGGUAAAAAACGUUUGAGCAGCUCAGUUUGGGCUAAAAGCUUUUCUAAACAGAGCAAUUUGACUGAAUACAUAAGAACACACACAGUGGAAAAAACAUUUACCUGUACGGUUUGUGGUAAAAGCUUUUCCCGAAACAGCUUUUUGACUGCACACAUGAGAACACACACAGGAGAAAAACCAUUUAACUGCUCAGUUUGCUGUAAAAGCUUUUCUAUGAAGUGCAGUUUGACUGAACACAUGAGAACACACACGGGAGAAAAACCAUUUAACUGUUCCGUUUGUGCUAAAUUAUUUACUAGCAAAAGCAAUUUGACUCAACACAUGAGAACCCACACAGCAGAAAAACCAUUUAGUUGUUUAGUUUGUGGUAAAAGCUUCCCCCAAAACGGAUACUUGGCUGCACAUAUGAGAACACACACAGGAGAAAAACCAUUUAACUGUUCAGUUUGUGGUAAAAGCUUUUCCAUGAAGUGUAGUUUGACUGAUCACAUGAGAACACACACAGGAGAAAAACCAUUUAACUGUUUAGUUUGUGCUAAAUGUUUUUCUAGCAAGAGCAAUUUGACUCAACACAUGAGCAUACACACAGGAGAAAAACGAUUUAGUUGUUCAGUGUGUGCUAAAAGAUUUCCCCAAAACAGCUAUUUGACUGCGCACAUGAGAACGCACACAGGAGAAAGACCAUUUAACUGCUCGGUAUGUGAUAAAAGCUUUUCUCAAAAGAGAAAUUUGAUUCAACAUAUGAUAACACACACUGGGCAAAAACCAUUCAAUUGCUCAGUUUGUAGUAAAACCUUUUCUCAAAAGAUCAGAUUUACUCAACACUUGAGAACACACACUGGAGAAAAACCCUUCAAUUGUUCAGUUUGUGUCAAAAGCUUUUUUACCAGACAGGGUUUGACUAAACAUAAAAUGAAACACGAUGGAGAAUGAACAUUUAGUUCUGCAGUUUGCAGUAAAAUAAUCAUUUUUAAUGCAGAUGCUUUAGGACACAUAAGAACACACACGGGAGAAUACCCAAUCAGUUGUUUAGUUUGUGGUGUAUUGCUGAUAUGUGGCGACAUCCUUCCGAACCCAGGACCUCAUCAAGAUAAGCCCAAGUUUCUUACACAUACAUCAAAAUAUUGAGGUGAGAAGUUAUUCUAUGGUGUGAAAAAGUGUUUUCCCCCUUUCUGAUUUCUUGUUUUUUUUAUUGCAUAUUGGUCACACUUAAAUGUUUCAGAUAAUCAAACCAAUUGGAAUUUUAGUCAAAGUCUAGUAAAUGAACACAAAUGUUGUUUUUAGAUGAAGGUUUCUAUUGUUAAAGAGGAAAACAAAUUCAAACCUCAAUGGCCUUGUGAGAAAAAGUGAUUGCCCCUAACUGUGGUUUAUCACACCUGAGUUCAGUUUCUCUUGCCACACCCGGGCCUGAUUACUGCCACGCCGGUUCUCUACCCAGAAAUCACUUAAUAGGACAAAGUGAAGUAGACCAGAAGCUAGACAUCCUGCUGAGAUCUAAAGGAAUUCAGGAACAAAUGACGUAGAAUGUAAUUGAGAUCAAUCAUCUGGGAAAAAGGUAAUAAAACCAAUUCUAAAACUUUGGGACUUCAGCAAACCACGGCAAGAGCCAUUAUCCUCAAAUAGAGGAAACGUGGGACUGCAGUAAACCUUCCCGGAAGUGUCCGGCCAACCAAAAUUACCCCAAGAGCACAGUAAAGACCCAAAGGAAACCAGGACACCAUAUAAAGAACUGCAGGCCUCCAUUGCCUUAUUUAAGGUCCGUGUUCUUGGUUCCGCCAUAAGAAAGACAUUGGGCGAAAACGGCCUGCAUGGCAGAGUUCCAAUACAAAAACCACUGCUGACCCAAUGGAACAUCUCAAUCUUGCCAGAAAACAUCAUGAUAAUCCCAAAGAUUUGGGGGAAAUCCCUUUGUGGUCUGGAAGGUGUGUCUCCCGUUACAUCUGGCCUGAACAGAUGUAACGGAUGUAACACAGUAUUAUAGAAAAAGAACCUCAUACCAACAGUCAAACAUGGUGGUGGUGUGGCAGUCUGUGGCUUCAGGACCCGAACGGCUUGCCAUGAUCGAUGCAACCAUGAAUUCCGCUCUCUAUCAAAAAAUCCUGAAAGGAGAAUGUCCGGCAGUAUGUUUGUGACGUCAAUCUGGAGCGCACUUGGGUUCUGCAGCAGAACAACGAUCAAAACACACCAGCAAGUCCACCUCUGAAUGGCUGAAGUUGAACAAAAUGAAGACUUUGGAAUUGCCUGGUCAAAGUUCUGACCUGAACGAUUGCACGAAGUAAAAUUCCUAGUUUGUGAACCUGUUCUCAAACAAUGGCAAUAAAAACUAUUCUGAUUCCGAUUCUGAAUCCUAGUGAGAUUCUGUGACACGCCCUUCAAAAGGUGGUUCGUGCUCAAAAACCCUUCGGUGUUGCUGAAUUAAAACAAUUCUACAAAGUAGAGUGUGCCAAAAUUCUAAGAGACUCAUUGUAAGUUAUCACUAGGGGUGUGACUAUUCGUUUUAACUAUUCGAUUCAAAAUUUGAGGUUGCCAAAACGAUUCAGGGACGAUAAUAAUUUUUUUUUUAGAACGAUACGAUCCAAAAUGAUUCAGUGAGUUGAAAUCGACUCAGUAAGUUAUUGGCAAAACAUUAUUUUAGCAAAAGGUGUGACUGGACACUGCAGACGAAAGUUCCUAUAUUCCUGUUAUUCCUUGUAAGGGAAUUGUGUAUAAAUGAAUAUGUCAGGGUUGGUCAAAAGAUAGGCCUCAUGCAGAGUAGGGACUAGUCCGGCAGGCUUUUAUUUUGAAAGCUUCCUUUCACCUCCCGAGUCAUGGCAAUUCAGCAUAGGCUAUAACUAGACUAGUCGGCGAAAAAGCUUCCACAAAAAGAAACAACCGAAAAUCACUCCAAAAGGAGGAAACACAAAAACAAUAACAAACUAUACUUGGCACCAGAUAUAUUCUAUGAAAUUUAUUAUAAACAAAAAACGCUCCAACAGGAGGGAGAAACAAUGGCUAUGAAACUUCUACACUGUCUCUAAUCUAAAAAAGGUUAACAAAAAAUGUCACUCCAAAAAUUUAGGAAAAGGAAGAACUGUAAGAAAAAACUGAAAACUCACCACUUCGGCUGUAAAACGAAAUAACACAAAAUCACUCUGCUGAGGACGAGAAAAAGAAAACUCAAAAUAUCAACGAAGGAAUUCAGGAUCAAGAUUUUUAAACACAAGGCAAGGCAUGGACAGGAAUCUAGAGAGGCACGAACAAACGAGACAAUCUGGCACAGAACAAAGGAAGGCGUGGGCUUAUAAAACACAUGAGGGUAAUGGGGAACAGGUGGAAACAAUCAGGGAUCAGGGAUGACGUCAGACUGCUGACACAAAAGGAAGGGCAAGUGACCUGAAACGAGAGGAGUUGCUUUUCAAACUUAAACAUGCAAUUCACAAGACAGAAAAAACCAAGACAAGACAUCCAUCACCGCGGUGUGACAGAAUUAUGGAUGCCAACAAGCAAGUAAACAAGAAUUAAUAGCCAUUGCAUUCACAUCUUAUUUGAAUAAAGUGCAGCCAACACUUUAGGUUGAAACGACAAGAAGAAACAUUUUCUGCUCACAUUUUCAAUAUUCAAGAAAUGUUCAAUACAAGUACACUAACCAACAUUUUAACAUUUAGAUUUACCUGCUAUUUUUGCUGUCGUCGUUUAACAUAAAUAAAUACAAUAUUAAUUUCAAAAAUGAAAUGCAACCGACUUCUCUUCAGGUUGAAUGGGCAGUAGGUUUACCUCAGAAAUUAAAUGCAACCAAAUAUUCUCAGGUUAAACUGGCAGUGGUUUGACCUGCCACUACUCACGUCAAUAAACACGGAGCCUCAUAAAGAUGUAACGUAAGUGACAGCGCACAAGUUUCGUGAGGAACAAAGUUAGAAAAGAACUAAAGUGUGACCACUUUUUCGGUCACAAAUAACGUUUUUUGUUUUUUUUUACUUUUUCAAGAACACUAAUAUACUAUGUUUACUACACUGUUUUUAAACCUUCCGCCUCAGCUUGGUCCGUGGCAUGCUUUGUGGCUUAAAGUUGUGUUGUGCCUUUAUAUUAUUGUGUGGUGACGUUUGUAUUUGUCGUGGCUUUUGCAGUCGUGCGGUAGCUGAAAGUUGUUGAGUUGUAAUGUUUUAAACCCGAAACCAGUGAAGU